GUCGAUGUCUAUAUUAUUUUUGACAGCUUUUUGAAGCAAGUGUAUUUUUCUGGAAUAGUUUUGGGGAUUAUUUUUUGCAAAAAUAUGUUGGAUAAUUUGUGAUAAAUAGUGAUUAAAAUACUAAUUGGAUAUUAGAGAAGUUCAUGAUACCCAAUUUCAAUGGUUAAAAUUCAGAUGAAGGAUAAAUAAUGUGUUUAUUUUUGUUUAUAAAAAAGAUUCUAAUAAGUGAAUUCAAAUAAUGUUCAGAAGUAGGAGCUGGUUUGGCGGAGGCUGGGGCAGGCCAAAAAAUUUACAUUCUUUAGAACAUUUGAAGUAUUUGUACAAUGUUUUGUCCAGGAAUCAAACUGUAUCUGAACACAAUAGAAGUUUGCUAGUGGAAUCUUUGCGUUCUAUAGCUGAGAUUUUGAUAUGGGGCGACCAGAAUGAUUCUUCUGUGUUUGAUUUUUUCUUGGAAAAAAAUAUGCUCUCAUUUUUCUUAAGAAUAAUGAGACAACGCAGUGGAGGUUCUAGCUUUGUAUGUGUUCAACUUUUACAAACACUUAACAUCCUCUUUGAAAAUAUAAGGAAUGAAACAUCUUUAUAUUACCUUUUAUCAAAUAAUCAUGUAAAUUCCAUCAUUGUACAUAAGUUUGAUUUUUCUGAUGAAGAAGUUAUGGCUUAUUAUAUAUCUUUUUUGAAGACGCUUAGUUUGAAACUGAAUGCACAUACAAUCCAUUUCUUUUACAAUGAGCAUACCAAUGAUUUUCCUUUAUAUACUGAAGCCAUAAAGUUUUUUAAUCACCCAGAGUCCAUGGUAAGAAUAGCUGUGAGAACAUUGACAUUAAAUGUUUAUAAAGUUGAAGAUACAAGUAUGUUGGCAUUUAUCAGAGACAGGACAGCAGCACCAUAUUUUUCCAAUAUUGUUUGGUUUAUUGGUAAACAUAUACAAGAAUUGGAUACUUGUGUCAGAAAUGAUGCGGAUCAUCAAUCCCAAAAUCGUCUCUCUGAUUUAGUAGCAGAACACUUGGACCAUCUCCACUACCUCAAUGAUAUAUUAUGCUUAAAUAUAACCGAUUUAAACCAUGUAUUGACUGAUCAUUUACUUCAUAAAUUACUCAUUCCCUUGUACAUAUAUUCACUCUCCUCUAAUAGAAGAAGGAUGUCUAACAAUGAUUUGGUGGCCCAGAGUCUGAGUAAAGUUUCAUUGACACCAAAAACUUCUCAGAAUAGCAGUCCCAAGAUGCAUGAUGUGACCAAUGGCAAAGUGUCUUGUGUCGUAGCUCUAUUCCUUUUAUCUCAAGUAUUCCUUAUUUUAUCCCAUUCGCCUCUGGUUCAAACUUUAGCCUGGAUAAUUCUAAAAACCGACAAGACUGUUUUCGAAAACGGCGUAGACAAACUGCACGACUUUUUCGAAUAUGAAAAGCAGAGGGAGAGGCAGAGUUCUGAGGAAGAGGCUUCUGGGAGUGUAAGUAGCGAAAAAGAUAAAGAUAGCAGCUGUUCAAAGGAAAAUUUAUUAUAUGAACAAGCUAAUAUUAAUAUAACUGAUGAAGAAAAACAACGGUUGGUAGAUCCUAUGGAAGGGAUGGGAUCGGUGAAAAAUCAUCCUUUUUUGGAGACUGUUUAUGAGGCUUUAGAUUGUACUGAAAAUGAUUAUGCCGCUCUGUUUGGUCUUAGUCUUCUGUAUGCCAUGUCUAGUAAUCGAGGAGUUACGUCGGACAUCACGGAGCAAGUUCUGAGGCCGAAAAAAUCGUUCAUAUCGAAAAGCUCGACUACCUCCAAAGACGUGAAAUACACAUACAAUACGUUUUUAGUAGAGAAAAUGUUACAAAUAAUCAUAUUUUCGUGCCAACCUUCUUGCAGAGUGCGUUUGGUCACUCUCGAACUCGCCCUGAAACUUUUUAUACAGUUAACGGUUUGCGACGGAAAGACGGUUCUGUCGGAAUCUCAUAGACAUACAAUAGAGACUGCUAGGGUGCAAAGCAUGGCGCUAUUAAGGAACUUUUACAAGAGCGAAGAAAUCUUCUUGGAUAUGUUCGAACAUGAAUACUGUGAUAUGUUAAAGGGAUCUUUAAAUGUCGAAUGGCUGUGUAUGGACAGUGCAAUUUUACUGCCUCCCACUGGAACUCCGAUGACUGGUAUAGACUUUACAAAAAGAUUACCCUGUGGCGAGGUUGAACGGGCCAGAAGGGCAAUAAGAGUAUAUUUCUUAGUGAGAAACUUGGUGCUAACUUUAAAUGGAGAGGUGGAAACGCAGUUGCCGUUGACGAACCCUCAGAGCUGCGUGCAGAUCGAUCAAGCGUUGGACCUGAACAAUUCCGACCUGAUCGCGUGCACAGUAGUCUAUAAGGACGGGACGAAAAUGAGACGGUUCUUAGUGAUCGACAUACUGCAGCUGAUCCUCGUCGAACCCGAUACGAAACGAUUGGGUUGGGGCGUGUCUAAAUUGGUUGGAUUCCUGCAGGACAUCGAGGUGGCGGGAGACAAGGACGAUUCUAGGUGUUUGCAUAUUACCAUCCAUAGGCCGAUUUCGGGGGCCAGUACGAAUAGGGUGCCGCUUUUAAAUGCCAAAUUUGUUUUUGACGAUAAUAUUAGGUGCAUGGCUGCGAAGCAGAGGUUGACUAAGGGAAGGAUAAAAGCCCGCCAGAAAAAAAUGCAGCACAUUGCACGACUUCUAGAAAUUCCUGGACAAUCAGGACCUCCAAGUCCGGCAUUUGCAGGACAAGGAGGUCCUUAUACUCGGUCUAGUGUACGACCGACCCGCGUAGAGAACAGAGCUUUGUUCAACAUCAAUAGAGGACCAGGGUUUGCAGCUCCGAGGAGAGACAGUUCUCCGGGGGUAAUUCACAGAGCGGAUGAAUCAAUUCGACGUCAUAGAGACGGCGAGAGUCCAAGCAGAGGUGCCAAUUUAAAAAUCGAAAACGGUAGGAGGGAUGCUCGUUCUAGAGACAAUUCGAGUAGUAGGGUGAGAUCGAGGGAGGGUUCGCCGAGGAUGCCUAGGCCUAGAUCCGAGGAAAUUCCGUUGGAGUUAAUUAAAAAGGCGCCGCAUUCGAUUAUAGACAUGGCGCCCAAAAUUACUAUAAUACCUAGACCUCAAACUCCACGAGUAAUAAGCAGCGAAACUGAACCAUCAACUUCGAAUGAGCAUCCUAAGGAGGUAAUAAAAACUGAAAUUUCUGUAUCCGAAGAAACGUCUUUCAUAGCGGAGGAGAACGGAGAAGAUGAUGAAAAUUUAUAGUAAAUUUUAUUUUUUCAACGAUUUUUAGGUUAAGGCAGCCUUUACAAAUGUUAUUGUAUAUUGAUCUGUAUAUAAGAAAAAAACUAAUAUAUUGAUAGGUGUAAGGAUCG